CACACACACAGACAGCGACAGCUAGGGCCCAGCAGACAAAGUAAGGAUGUGACAUCAUCAACAGGAAGAGAAGCCAAACAACUUUUUCUCCCUUUACUGCUGCCGAGUGAAGUUGGAGCCCCUCGGACUGUUAGCGUCUGACAGGGAUAGAGAAGAUCCAGAGGAGCUGGAGGGGAAAAGUGGCCGGAGCUGGCACAUGCAGGGAAUUUUAAAGUAAAGGGAUCAGCCGCCCCAAAUCCUCACUCAACUUCCCACAGCUUUCCACCCUGUUCCAGUAUUCUAGGAUUCCAGCCAGGUGAUGUUCCACAACCUGAAAACAAGAGCUUGCUGCAAUCUUUGCAUGGCAGAUGCUGACCCUGUGUGACAGGAUUUUGUAGCUGCAACCCUGGUUGCCGCUCUCUCUCUGGAAGAUUAAGCUCUAUAAAAAAAUCUAUACCAAAUAUUAUUCUGGAGAGCUCAUUCUCCCCAUAUCUCAGGGGAUAGAAAAAAGUCGAUGGCGUUGUGUCUUGGACAAGUGUUCAUCAAAGACAAAACCUUUAGGCCAAAGAAGAGGUUUGAGCCUGGGACCCAGCGAUUUGAACUCUACAAGAAGGCCCAGGCCUCACUGAAGUCUGGUCUGGACCUGAGGAAAGUGGUGCAACUCCCUGAGGGAGAGAGCCUCAAUGAUUGGAUUGCUGUUCAUGUGGUGGAUUUCUUUAAUCGGAUCAAUCUGAUCUACGGCACGGUGAGCGAGUACUGCACAGAGCGCACGUGUCCCAUCAUGUCCGGGGGUCUGAGGUACGAGUACAGGUGGCAGGACGGCGACGACUACAAGAAACCCACCAAGCUGCCCGCUCUCAAGUACAUGAAUCUGCUGAUGGACUGGAUAGAGUCACUCAUCAAUAAUGAGGACAUCUUCCCCACCAGAGUAGGUGUACCUUUCCCCAAGAACUUCCAGCAGGUGUGCAAGAAGAUCCUAAGCCGUCUCUUCAGAGUCUUUGUGCACGUUUACAUCCAUCACUUUGACAGCGUCUGCAACAUGGGUGCAGAGGCGCACAUAAACACCUGCUACAAGCACUACUACUACUUCAUCUCAGAGUUCAACCUCAUUGAUCACUCAGAACUGGAGCCCCUGAGAGAGAUGACGGAAAAGAUAUGCAACUGAGCAAAAACCAUGUGGGACAAAGGAGUUUACAUUCUGACGUAAUCUGAGCCGUGUGAGAAAUCGUCAGCUUCGAAAUACUCAAUAGAAAGAACAAUUUUAGACAAAUCUGUGUGACUGGUUUCAAAGCUUCGCUGUGAAGGUCCAGUUACAUACCGCCCUCCUUCAGGUGGUGGCGCUGUACUUUCACCAGUGUUUUUACUUAAUAAUCCAGUGAUGUCAUUGUCAUAGCACAGCAUACUAUAGCUAUAUUUUCUUUGCUAGUGCAUGUUUUUGUUUGACUCUUGUAUAUGUUCAGAUAUACAGCAUUGAUUGUUUUUGAUGAAAGUUUGCCUGUUGUGUUUUAUAUAGUUUUUGUGUUUGAGUUUAAACUUGUCAUAAAAUUCAGUCUAACAUUA